AGAUUAAAGGCGGCCCCGGGGAAGUUGGUGGGGAGGUGCUUCAGCGAGGCCGGGAUUUCACCCGAGAGCUUGUUAAGGAGCGUCGUUUCCUAAAGAAUUGCUGAAUAUCAGCUGUGGAAGAAUUAAAAGUGGCGUGUUUUUUAUUUUUGGUCUGCAGUAAAUAGAGCAUUUUCUGGUCUAAAUUAGAUGGUCAUAAUUUACACCCCGUCAGUAGGAACCAUUAAGGAAAGGGGGAUGGCCUAAUUACAGAAACAUUGCUUUAAAUCGUCUCAUCCAUACAGCACCAAUGCUGUGUCAGUAGCAGUGGGGCCUCUCUUUGACAGACCCUUCAGCAUACACUUAAAUUCACCUUUGCUCAGGAAAGCAUGGUUGGAGUGAUGCUGUAAAAGGACAUGAUGCUGUAGUUGUAGGAUAUUUUCCUCUUUUCUCAUACGUAAAAUCUGUAACUUACACUGAAAGGUGCUGCUUGCUUGGCCAUGAUGUGGUUUCCAUGUCCUUAUGCUCAUGUAGAGCAGUGCUUCUUCAAUUCUGUAUCAGAGUUUUUUUUUUGCAUUUCAGUUAUCCCCAAGAGUGAUUUCUGCAGAGGUUAUAAAUUACAGAAUAAAGCAUCUCUCUCUCUCUUUUUUUUUUUUCAAUCUAAAAUUGUAUCUUUUGCAUUUUUUCAUCUGUGACCUUCGCUCUGUGGUUCCCAAAGCAAACAGCUGGCUGAACUGGUACUGCCCUUAUUUGUUCCGUGGGUUUGGAACAGCAGCUCUCAAAAAUGUGGACAGAAAGAGGAAAUACCAAACGUGCACUUGAGCCACAGUGUUACAGUUUUAGGGACUCAAUUCUAUCACUUAAAAUUUGGAGUAUAAGUAAAGCAGUUUGUCGUGUUCGUGUGAGCCAUAACUUUUUAAGGCCAGAAGAUAUCAUUAGGACUUGCAGCACAGAAAACAUCAAAGACCCAGUGAUAUCUGCAUCAAAUCCCCGCUUCCUGUUGGGCCAAACCAUAUGCUCUAUAAAAAUAGCAUGUUUUAUCUGGACCUUUGUAAAACCACUCGAGCUAAUUACUGGCUGCAGCCGAUCUAUUUGUCUGAGUGCAUAAUUUUCAACUAUCCUGAAACAAUGUCAGAGAACGCUUCAAAAUAAUUAUCUAAGUCUGAAACCUGUGCUAGGCGGGUACAGUGUUAUUAUGGCUGUGGCUGGAGAUAAGCGUCCUCACAGAACGUAAAAGCCAAACCACACAAUUCCACAGAGUCUCAGUUGUGUUGACAUAAUGGAAACACUUUGCUAUUGUCUGUGAAACGUUUGUUUUUUCAGAUAUGUUCUGGACACAAGUGUCUUUCCAGCUGCCUUAAUAACCUCCUGUCCUAUGUGUUCAUGUCUUCUGAUUGGAUCACUGAACGGGUUUCAGUGGGCAAAAGUAGGGGGAAAAUGUACUUUUUCCUGAGUGAGCCUAUAGGAUAGUUUCUCAGAAACUUGUUUCUGACCUCUUAUUGGAAAUAGCAGGGUCAGAUGGUCAGGGAUGGUGGGCAGUACGUGGCUCCAAGCUGGGGGAGGCUGGGCAAGUGGAGAUUUCAGGCAGAGCAUUGCUCUGGCACAGCCCACAAGGCUGGUGGUUUUGAAAGACAACUCUUGAAAAUCUAAACUACUUGAAAUCAGCCUCUGCCUUAGGCAGAAAUUUUUCCCCUGAUCCUGUGCCAAGGAUUGAUCUUAAAGUGAAGGACGCCUGCAGCUGCUCUAGAAAAGUGACAAAGGGUAAAGCAGCAGCGUUGCUCUAGAGCAGUCACCUGUCCCACAGGGCAUGGAGCAAAGCUCUGAAAAGCUUAACAUUUCAUCCGCCAACUCAUUAAAGCAUGUGAGCUUCUGCAUUUAUUUCUAAAGAUUUGAGUCAAGCAUUGUCCCCUUAGCUAGCAGCAGCUGUGUUAUAUUAUCUUUCAUCAUGGACAAACAUGACAUGGGAUAGCACUGGAUCCUAUUUUCAUAGAAUGGCCUAGGUUGGAAGGGAUAUUAAAGCCCAUCCAGUUACAACCCUCCUACUGUGUUGCCACCCACCAAACCAGGCUGCCCAGAGUCUAUCCAGCCUGGCCUCAAGCACCUCCAGGGAUGGGGCACCCACAGCUCUGGGCAGCCUGUUCCCAGGCCUCACCACCCUCUCAGUGAAGAAUUUCUGCCUAACAUCUAACCUAAAUCUGUCGUCUUUUACUUUAAAGUCAUUCCCCCUUUUCCUGUCACUGUCUUCCCCUGUAAAAAGUCUUCCUCCUCCUUGUAGGCUCCCUUCAAGUAGAGGAAGGCCGCAAUGAGGUCUCCCUGGAGCCUUCUCCAAGCCCAGCACCCUCAAUAUUUCUUCACAGGAGAGCUGUUCUGGCCCUCUGAUCACCUUCAUUUCCCUGCUCAGUCAGAGCUGUGUCUUGGCCUUCAGGACUCCCUUGGCCACCAGCGGAGAUGGCAUAGCAAGAGGUCUCUGGUAGCUGGUACCUAUAUCACACUGAGUCUCACACCCAGAACAAGCACUCUACAGUGAAAACUUCUGAGAUUUGAUGCUUAUCCCCUUUGUAUGAUUAGUUCCUCCAAGACACAGCAGUGAUCUUCAGUUCUGCCGAGCACCUCAGGGUAUGCGUUAGGCUGCGGAUGCUCUUUCAAGCCACAGUCAGACUGAGGGUUUCCCUCAGUCAGUGAGAGGGAGGAAAGGGGGUGAAUAAUUGAUUUUCCAGUUAUAUUGGAAACGAUAGCGUGCAAGUGCUUCAGCUGCUACAGCCCUGGAAUUCAAUCUGUGAGUGAGUUCAUCCAUAUCUUUAUUUGGUGGAUAUAUUCAUACACCUCCCACCUUGGUUUUAUCACCUGCCAGUUCUGAGGCAGACUUUGUUGGCCUGCAUAUAGGCUCAUGUUUCUUGAAUUAAUUCCUCCAAGUGACAUUACUCACGAAUGCGAAGGUUUUCUGUGGCAGAACUUCAAUACAAGGUUCCCUAACCAUCAGCUGUUUGCAGUUCAUCAGGUGGCAGAGCGUGUGGAGGCACUGGGCCAGUUUGUGAUGAAGACCAGAAGGACCCUGAAGGGCCACGGAAAUAAAGUUCUCUGUAUGGACUGGUGCAAAGACAAAAGAAGAAUUGUGAGCUCUUCUCAGGAUGGGAAGGUGAUUGUGUGGGAUUCAUUCACUACCAACAAGGAACACGCUGUGACGAUGCCGUGUACCUGGGUGAUGGCAUGUGCGUAUGCCCCGUCUGGAUGUGCCAUUGCUUGUGGUGGCCUGGACAACAAGUGUUCUGUGUACCCUCUGACAUUUGACAAAAAUGAAAAUAUGGCUGCAAAGAAGAAAUCGGUUGCAAUGCACACAAACUACUUGUCUGCCUGCAGCUUCACUAACUCUGACAUGCAGAUCCUGACAGCAAGUGGAGAUGGGACCUGUGCUCUGUGGGAUGUUGAGAGCGGGCAGCUUCUGCAAAGCUUCCAUGGGCAUGGAGCUGAUGUCCUGUGCCUGGAUCUGGCUCCUUCAGAAACUGGAAAUACAUUUGUCUCCGGGGGAUGUGACAAGAAAGCCAUGGUGUGGGACAUGCGUUCUGGUCAGUGCAUCCAGUCAUUCGAAACCCACGAUUCAGACAUCAACAGCGUCAGAUAUUACCCAAGUGGAGAUGCUUUUGCCUCUGGUUCAGAUGAUGCCACGUGCCGUUUAUACGACCUUCGUGCAGACAGAGAAGUAGCAAUUUAUUCCAAGGAGAGCAUCAUUUUUGGAGCAUCCAGUGUGGAUUUCUCUCUCAGUGGUCGUCUGCUGUUUGCAGGUUAUAAUGAUUACACCAUAAAUGUCUGGGAUGUGCUGAAAGGAUCCCGUGUAUCUAUUCUGUUUGGACAUGAGAACCGUGUCAGCACCCUGCGGGUCUCUCCUGAUGGGACAGCGUUCUGCUCAGGGUCCUGGGACCACACUCUACGAAUCUGGGCUUAACAUGAGAUCCUGCGUGCAGAAUCCAAUGAAGACCGAUUACCUAGACUGCAAAAACAGCUAAAGAAGGCUCCCUGAAAAUCAGAUAUUCAUUACUCUACAAAGGGGUGACACUGAACCCACAGAUCAACACAGCUAGGUAGAACAUAAUCUGCUUGAACACAUAGCAAACAUGAACUUGUGGUAAAAGUUAAUGAUUUUGAUUCUGUUUUGAAAGUAUUUUAUUAGAACUAGUUUAGUUAAUUAUAAAUGGACUUUUCUCUGAAGUCAUCUGUAUCAUAGAAAUGAGUAUUUCAGUGCACAUUAUGUAUUUAUUUGCAUGAUUUGAGUUCCUUUUUAGAGCAAAAAAAAGAUUCCUGAUUUUAUCAGGUUGUAGCAUCAGGUUUUGGAAACAUUCCAUAGUGGUGCAUUGAAUUUUGGUGUUGAAAAGUGGGAAGAAAAGCAACUUUGAUGCUUUGUGAUGUCAUUGUGGCUGACUGAACCAUGAUAGUAAGCAGAGGCCCUGUUGGGAAGGUACCAGUUGUUGCCAUAAAAAUGUAUUUUUUGUACAGAAGAGAAUCCUUUAAAUCCCUGCUUUUUCCUACUGUCUUUUUAGAUUGAAAUAAGUAUUUCGUCUCUGUUACCUGAAUAUAAAGAAUCUAAAUAUAUACAAAAUGAUAAAUGCAAAGAUGAGGAAUAUAAACAUGAUUUACAUAAUCAUGAGGUAGUAUUUAACCAGUAGUUUCUUAGAAAUCUUUAAUUGUAUCACUUGCUGAGUGAAUUUUCUUUACUUAAAGGAUACUACAUGCUAAGCACUAAGGGAUACUAAACGCUAAGCUCUAGCACAAUUACACUGACGGUCAGGUCUUUUCCAAGUCAGUCACAGUUAUUCUAUGAUCACGAUUCUUAUUUGCAUUUUGAGCAGUUCACACCCCUGGGCAAGGCAGUGUAGCCUUAAAUGUGUGUUAAGGCAGCAUGCUCCCAUUUUGAGAUCCUUGGGUAACAUCAGAGCAGCACAAGUUCAUGCCAAUAUGGGCCAAAUCUUAGAAGCCAAACUGUACAGCCCCUGCUUGAACAGCUCUCCUACUGGAGUGAGGCAAUGCAGUUGAAGCUGGGUAUGAGAAUGGAUGGCAGCGAGCUGCUGGGGCCUGCUGUGAGCCAAAUCCUGCCUGUGCAAGCCACUGGAUCAAGGAGCAGCUGGGCUUCAAGGAAGCACCAUAGCUGGCCACACUGCUUGCAGUAUCUGGCUCUGUGGGGGUACAGAGAUGUGGUACUAACUGGUGGGACUACCCCCACAUGCAGCUGAUGCUGUACAACUAAGAUUUAUUCAGAUAAAGCUGAGAUAUAGUUGAGCGUAGAACUAUUUGUAUCUGCAAAUCUGUAAAUGUAUCUGCAUUCAUACAUUGAGAGCAGUUGAGACUACAGCUUGUCACCUUUGCUUAUAUGAAUGGGUGCUGAGUCCAAUAUGAGCAGGGAUGCAAGGAGAGAAGUGCUGGAGAGCUGCUGGGGGCUGGCACAGCCUGGCCUGAAGGAGACACAUCCUGAACAGAUCUAAGUAAGGUUUGUGUUCAGAUUGGAACAAGAUGAAACAAGCCAUCACUGGAGUUGGCCGUGCACAUAAGUUUGAUAAUAUCCUUGGUCUGUUAAAAAAUGGGAUUUAAAAAUAUAGAGAGAGAGAUUGUAGUAGAAAGAAAGUUUUUUCAUUCAUGAAAACAUUGGGUUCCAAUGAAUCCGUGACCAGUUAAAUUAGGACACUGAUAUGUGUAUCAGCCUUCAGUCCCUCAUGAAAUUUCAGUUGUUUCUGCUUCUAAAAGGCAACCCUGAUGCUUUGGAAUACUUGUGGCAAACAAUCCCUGUAACAAAUGCUCUACAGAAAUUGUAAUGUCAUAUAGAGCUCACUGUGCAAUACUGAGUCAAUACACUGUACACCUUUGAUCAAAAGAUAUUAAUGUUUAGAUAGUAUUUAUUGGUAAGAUAUUUGUUUCAAACAUACUGCAUUGUGUUGAUACUUACGAAUGGCCUAAAUACAAUAAAUUGUAUUUUGCAUAUUGA